AUUAGUCGCAGAACUUAUUUGGCUGGGAAUAAUCAACCAUCUUGAUUCGAUACCAGAUAGCAGAUAGUCUUAUCUAAGAUAAUGUCCGCAGCAUUAAAUUCAAGUGAACUUUGAAUCAGUUGAAUUCUUUCUCCGACUUAAGAUGACGCCUAAGUGCUUGUUAAUUUUGCUGGUAGUUUUGGUAUUCCGUGCUGUGACUGGUUCGAAAUUUGUUACUAAUACAUCUGCAGUCGCACCUGGAGAUGAUUGCUAUGAGCCAAUGGAUUGCGCACAUUUGGAAAAUUCGUAUUGUUCUGCUGAUAAAAAGUGUAUUUGUAUAGAAGGGUAUGUUCCGAGGAACGAACACUGUGUUCCGGCGAUUGGAACAAAGUGCGAUGAUAAAGACUGCAAGCUUAAUAAUACAAGAUGUAUAGAGGGAACUUGUCAAUGUGCUUAUGGUUUUGUUGCUUUGUCAAAGGUUGAAUGUUUGAGAAUUUCAGAACAUGGAAAAAAAUGCGAGAAUGACAUCCAGUGCAGCUGCAAGAACUUCGGAACCUGCGACACUGAGGAACCGUACACGGACGUGUUCUGCGCAGGGAAAAAAUGUUCCUGCCUUGAAGAUUACCAUUACGUACCUGGCAAAUACACCUGCGUUAAAAGUGCCCAAAAACUGGGCCAUAAUUGUACAGUCACUGACAGUUGUCUCCCCGUAAAGAACACUGAAUGCAUUGAAGACCGAUGUUCCUGUCCUGACAAACAUUUCGUAGAGCAAGAUCAGUGUUUGAGCGGCAUUGGCGCCACCUGUGCCAUGUAUGGUGAAGAUUGCAAGGCCAACAACUCGCGUUGUGGAUUUUUUGGAUGCAAAUGCUACGACAAGUUCGUGGAACUUUCCGUGAAGCAAUGUGUUCCAAUUAAGAAAAAAGGCGAAGAUUGUCUGAUAGACGAACAAUGUUCCUGUGAAAAUAAUGGAAGGUGUUAUUUGGGUGGAACAUACAAAGAUGUCAUCUGUUCCAAAAAAACUAAAAUCUGCAGUUGUUCCGAGGGGUUCCAUUAUGUUCCGGAACAAGAUUCUUGUGUUCACAGCGCAACAGCAAUUGAUGAUUCAUGCACGCACAACGACAAUUGUUUGCUUCUGAGUAACACCCAGUGCAAAGAACAAAAAUGUCAAUGCAUCGCCAACUAUUUUAAUUAUAAAGGACAAUGCAGACAAGGCCUGAACUCGCGCUGUGCCGAGAACAGUCAUUGUUCCGCGGUUGAGAACUCUCAGUGCAUUGAUAAUGAGUGUCAAUGCAACAAUAACUUUGUUCCAAUAUCAACUGGAAUUUGCGCAGCAAUUGCUAGCUAUGGGGAACCGUGUCAAUUCCAGGAACAGUGUCGGAACAAUGGAACUUUGAUGGUUCCUUACGAAGAACUUGUUUGUGAUGGAACUUGCUCAUGUUCGAACGGUUUUCAUUAUGUAGAUUCCAAAAGAGCGUGUAUAGAAAGUUCGACAGGCGUUGGAGGUAACUGUUCUGUGAACGACCACUGUGGACGACUUACGAACACUCUUUGCUGGGACAAUAAAUGUUCUUGCCUGGAAUAUCACUACCAGCGAAAGGAACAAUGCGUUCCAGGAAUCGGAGCCCACUGUUUCGGGAACUGUGAGACGACAAACUCGAUUUGCGGAUCAACUGGGCGGUGCAUCUGCGCUCCUGGACACAUAUUUGCUGCUGAGGAUCGAUGUGUUCCAAUAAUUGAGCUUGGAGAGAAUUGUGAGAUGGAUGAACAGUGUUCCUGCUUGCAUCAAAAGUGUGACUUGGAACAACCGAACAGAGAUCUUGUUUGUUCCAGUGGAACUUGCGGUUGUCCCGCUAAUUACCACUUUAGUUCCAAAUCAAAGUUUUGUAUUCACAGCGCGACAGGAAUCGGCGAACAGUGUUCCACUGACGAGAACUGCGCGAAGCUACUGUUCGCGGAGUGUCACAACAAUAAAUGCAUGUGCAAGCCGAACUACUUUUCAUCGGAAGGUAAUUGUAAAAUAGGGUUGAACGCCAAAUGUAACACCACCAGCCACUGUUCCGCGGUGGAACAUACCGAGUGUAGGAACGGUGAGUGCAAAUGCACGAAACUGUUCGUGGAACGGUCAACGGAACUUUGCGUUCCGGUGAGUUCUUUCGGUGGAGACUGCGAGUUCGUCGAACAAUGCACCAGUCAAACCUCAAAUGCGACUUGUGAGGCGCCGACAGAUGGCGCGAACAAGGUGUGCCGAUGCGGAACUGGGCAGCAUUACCACGCCACUGGGUGCUUCUUAACUAGAACACUGGACGAACGUUGUGACUCGGACAGUGAAUGCUUCGUUACUUCCAAGUACGACAGUGUCGCUUGUGUAAGGAACAAGUGCGUCUGCGUUAAAGGGUUUGAGAAGGUCAAUGGAACAUUCUGCGGUGGAGCGGGCAGUAUCUUUGCCUCUGCACUGUUAGUUUUCCUCAUGGUGGUUGUCAAGUCUGCCGUCUAGGAACCAUUGUUUCAGGAACUGCUGGGAUAGCACUGUUCCUUCGUUUGUAUGAUGGAACAAUUGUUAAAUUAUAUGUAGCUGACAUUGUACAUUAUAUGAUUUAUAUACUAUUCAAUAUAGUUUUCUGUAGUCACUAAUUAAAAGUAUCGUUUUAAUUAU